CGAAAGUGCUGGAGACAUCAGCUAGAAGCCCGACGACCCGGUGUUUCGUCCGCUGCUGGCCAAGUCCAUCGACAAGGACAUGCCCAAGAUCAUGCGUGCGCUGAAGAUGCAGAACUAAGCCUAUCCGCUCCUCUGGCUGGCCGAGCUCAAGACGACGGACUCCAACGAUAUGUAUUUCCUCGACAGCCUCAACUGCAGCUGUGUGGAUAUGAGACAGCAGCUGCACCCACCUCGCAAGGUUGGCCGUAUGGAAGGGUUGGCUGUAUGUCUGUCAGUGCAGUGAGGGCUCAUCCUGGGUAGGCUUCGCUCAACUUGUGUGCGCGUGUGUGUGUACGCAGAUGGAAGCCAAGCACCUGGUGGUGAAGACCCGCCAUCUGGCCUGUGCCCUUCCGGACGCGUAUGCUCACUCCGACUUCCCCUCUUUCAAGGAGCACUUCUGCGAAUUGAUCGCCGAGGGUCCAAGAGUGCUCAAGGUGGGUGGGUGGGUGAACGGCAAUCGAUAGCGAGGGUCGGGUCGCAUGUACACGCAUACAUAUUGAUUCGCUCGCUGGUUGGUUGGCUGGCUGGCUGGCUGUGCCAUCCAGACACCGAUCAAACCGCUGAUGUCUCUCUCUGUGUUGUGUCUCGUGUUUGGUGUCUUGUUAUGUCAGUCUAGCGAAGCCAUUUGGAUCUGCAAGUUGAAGGAGGGGCACACAGGCCCGGUGAGGGGAAGCGCGAGGCUGGAGCUGCAGAGGGUGGGGGACGAGCACGAGGAAGAGCGGACGGUUGAUGACUUCAUGACAUCCUGCAAUGAGUAUCUUGUCGGUGAGGACGGCCACCUCAUCGACCACCGCUCCCCGUCGGGCAUUGAGGAGGGAGUGGUGCGAGUUGAGUCCUCCUCGGCCUUCUCCUCGGUCACGGUCUCCUCGCCACCUCCUUGGUGCCAUCGGUAGCGGCCGCACCCUCACCCUCACCCUCAGCAAUCUUGCCCUCGCCGCUAGAACCAUCCUCCUUGGACUCGCCAGCGCCCCCGUUCACGACCUCUUCAGGCGCAGCCGGUGGGCUGGCAGCAGGUCAGGAUGAUCAACGACAAGCCCGUCGAGUCGAUCGUGCGCAAGAGGUCCAAGGCCUUGGGCAUCUUCCCCACCUUGUUCAAGAGCGGGAUCGCUGGAGACAUCAGCUACAAGCCCGACGACGCCCUGUUGCGCCCGCUGAUGACCAAGUUCAUCGACACGACGUCUAUUUCCUCGACAGCCUCAACUGCAGCUGUGUGGAUAUGAGACAGCAGCUGCACCCACCUCGCAAGGUUGGCUGUAUGGAAGGGUUGGCUGUAUGUCUGUCAGUGCAGUGAGGGCUCAUCCUGGCUAGGCUUCGCUCAACUUGUGUGCGCGCGUGUGUGUACGCAGAUGGAAGCCAAGCACCUGGUGGUGAAGACCCGCCAUCUGGCCUGUGCCCUUCCGGACGCGUAUGCUUACUCCGACUUCCCCUCUUUCAAGGAGCACUUCUGCGAAUUGAUCGCCGAGGGUCCAAGAGUGCUCAAGGUGGGUGGGUGGGUGAACGGCAAUCGAUAGCGAGGGUCGGGUCGGCCAGCAACCUUCCCCCGCAUACGGCCGCCUUGUCGACGCCAUUCAACACAAUGACCUAACAGGGGCCUACAGGAUCUUGCAGGACCUUAUGAAGCACUCGUUCCUGGAGCAGCCGCUCGUCGCCAGUGCGCAGGCGAGUCGACCAGAGGGCGGACACGAGAAGGGCGAGGUCUAUGCCACGCUGGUGAUAGCGCUGGCAAAAGGCGCUCAGGUGGGACAGAGAGACGCAUGGAAUGCAUGCACUUCAUGGAUGCCGCUCUGUGUGGUGCAAUGCGAUGUUGCAUCACUGUGCAGGUCGAUCUCGCGAUGGAGGUUUACGAGGUGGUGAAGCGGGAGGGGUUUCAAUUCAGCACCGUCACAUUCAACACGCUCCUCGACGCAUGCACACGGUACGUGCAAAGCAACGACCAGUGCACACCACACCACUCCCGCUGCCUCUGUGCUGUUUGUUGGUCGUGGUAUGUGCGCAGUAACCAAGACGCCCGUCGCUUCAGCACAGUGGUGCAGGUGAGAGUGACACACAAAGAGACACAGCACAUAGGUGCAUGCGUUUCCUCUCAUGUAGGCCAUGGUCGCGGCGAAGGUGCAGCCAGACCAGACGACCUAUCACCUCCUCAUCCAGGCCUACUCAGAAACAGGCAAACUCGAGGGGCAGGUACCACACUUUGUGGAUGGCCACUCACACACGGGACGGCACGCCACACACACACAGACGUGCUCUUGUCAUAUGGCAACCUGUGUGCAGAGCGUUAGGGCUGUUGAACGGCAUGAAGGCCAUCGUGCGAGCUGGGCAGCUGCCGGCGCAGGGCAUUUCUCCACCACAACGCACCUUCAGCAUACUGGUAUGUAUCUGAUGCACCAACACAUUGACCUGGGGAUUAUCCAUCGCGUGUGCGCGUGUGUGUCGUGUGUGAGUGGCUAUGUCAGACCUGGUCACCUUCUGCAAGAGUUUUCUAGAGAUUGGUGCGAGGAGGACAUUGGGAUUGCUGCAUUAA